AUGGAGAACCCCGGCGAUCCCUCAGGCACAUCUGAGGAACCUCAUUUUCCUCCUGCACGCUCUCCCGCACCUCCCCAAGCCAUCCAGCCAACACCACCAGCGAUGGGCCACAUCGCCGUUCGGCUGCCGCCAUUUUGGCACCGGAGCGCGUUCAUCUGGUUUCAGCAAGUUGAGUCUCAAUUUAUCCUCGCUGGCAUCACCAACCAGUUGACCCAGUACCGGCAUAUAGUCGCUUCUCUGCCAGCCGAGAUCGCCAUGGAUGUCUCCGACGUCAUAUCGGGCCCGCCCGCCACCACUCCAUACGACCGCCUCAAGGCAGCCGUUCUCCAACGGACGACGCUAUCUGAGCGCAAGCGGCUUCAACAAUUGUUAACGGCUGAAGAGCUCGGUGACCGAACACCGUCUCAGCUGCUCAGAGCCAUGCAGAAUCUUCUCGCUGACAGAGCAGCCACUUUUGAUGAAUCCCUGCUCCGGGAAUUGUUCCUGCAGAGGUUGCCGGCUACUGUCAAGAAGGUCCUCUCCACUGCCGGCGGGUUGCCACUUGCCCAGCUGGCUCCGCAUGCAGACAAGGUGAUGAAGGUUGCUCUCCCUGGAUUAAGCAUAGCCGCAGUCUCCGGCACCAACAGACCGUCUCGCGGUCCGGAUCCCCCUCUGCACGGCUGCCACCCACCCUCACCCUCUCCAGCUGAGCUCGUGGCAGAGGUAGCUGCCAUGCGAACUGAGGUUCAGCGUCUUUCCGAGACUGUGGCUGCUCUGCACUCUCCUGACAACCGUCCACGAUCUCCACGCAGAUCCUCUCGCUCACGCCGUUCCCGGCAGUUCGACAGACGGCGACAAAGCCUAUCACCACACGACAGUGCCAACCCACUUCCGUGUUGGUAUCACGAGCGCUUCGGCGACGCGGCUUUCCGAUGCACACGUCCUUGUGGCUGGUCAGGAAAUGCCCCCGGGAGCCGUUGA